CCGCAUAUUUCUAAAAUCGGAUUCAAUUCUUAUGUGAGGUUUUCCUUCUUUCUUCUGUAUUUCUUAUGAUCAUCAUUUGUUCAACAACUCGGUAUCAGCCACUGGGGGCGGCCACAAUUCAGUCGUUGGAUCGACUUGUGAGCCAGCUGUACGGACUCCGAGUUAAAGUUUGGGUUGGCAAGAUAAGGGUUGAUUCAGAUAUCUUCAAAUCUUCUCAAGACUUGAAACCCAACGCAUCCUUUUUCUCAGAUAUCAUAUCAUCAUCUUGCACCUCAAAAACAGAAACUUAAGCGUCUUGUGUAGGGUAAUUCGGCACUUAACCCAUGCUUAUACGGAAGACAUUCCCCGUCUUGGCUAGCGGAU